AUCCGUGAAAUAAAUACUUCCCCUUUCCGUGGAUCUCUCUCGCCCUCGUCUUCUCUCGCCGUCUUGCGCUUCGCAUUUUUCAUCCACACAGCAGGGUGGUCAUGAAUGACAUGAAGGGUUAAUGACUCACCUGUAAUAUCAGAAUUUGAAAAGCCUAACAUAGUUGAAGUGACGAGAUUGAGAUAAGUGCGUUCGAGCCUAUAAUGGUGAAUGAAGAAAAAUCCAUCGUCAUGACUGGGGCCAAGGGUGAUAUGGUUGCCUAUGAGCUCAUGAAGAUGAAUGGUGAUAAGUCUAAGCAUAUUAUUGGAGUUGGGGUUGAAGAGAAGGAAGACCAUAUGAUAAAAAAUGCAAAUGUUGACGAAAGUACACAACAAAAGGUAAUGAGUGAAGAAGAAAUGAACAAGGAGGUGAAGAAUGAAGGUAAUAUCGAAAGGGAUUCUAAGGAAGAGAUUAAAAAGUUGAAGAAGAGAGUCAAAAGGAAGAAAAUGGCCUCAAGGGCUAUAAAUGAAAUGAUUACUAAGGAUAGUGAGAAACCAGAAUCUUCAAACACAAUUAGCAAAAGGAAGAUGAUCACCAUGGAAGUCAGUGAUGCUUUGGCUAUUGAAGAUGCAACUAAGCAGCAAUCACUGAACAAGAAACACAAGAAGGAGAACAUGCCCUCGAGUGUUUCUAAUGAAGUGAUUGUCAAGGAUACUGAGAAGCCAAGUUCCUCAAACACAAUUAGCAAAAAGGAGAAUAUGGCUUUGAGGGUUAUGGAUUCCAUGACCGAAGUUGUGAAUGAGACAAAAUCAUCAAACAAGAAGAGAAAGAAGAAGAAGGCGGCUUUGAGGAAUUAUAAAGUAGUUGCUGAGGAUACGGGCAAGCUAAAAUUAGCAAAAACGGAAAAGAGGACUACAGAUAAGGAGAUUAUGGGAAUAAUAUUCAUGUGUAGUUCCAAGACAAAGAUUGACUGUUUUCGUUACAAGGUUUUAGGGUUGCCUGCAAGCAAGAAAGAUAUUGUACAAAAGAUUUAUACUGGCAUGAAGCUCUUUUUGUUUGAUUAUGAUUUGAAAUUGAUGUAUGGAAUCUACAAAGCCGUGGGACGCGGGGGUUAUAACAUUGAGCCUAAAGCUUUCAAGUCUGCGUUCCCAGCUCAGGUGCGCUUUACUGUUUUGGAGGAUUGCUUGCCGGUGGCAGAGGAGAAGUUUAAAAAGGUCAUCAAGGAUAAUUAUUACGAGAAGAACAAGUUCAACUGUCAAUUGACCUCUGAACAGGUGAAGAACCUGUGCAAGCUUUUCCAAGCUGCCAGCAAAGGUUCCAAGUCCAAGCAUUCGGGCAGAAGUUCCAGGGCAGAAACUCACCGGGAGAUUAAUAGAAGGCACAGGCAGGAUCGAGAGAAGCCUAAACGGCACAACUGGGAGCGAGAGAGGGGCCCUGCUUUUGAUGGAGGCCGCCUGUAUGGAGAGAGACCCGUUGUAUAUGAAAGGGAGGCAUUUCCAUCUCGGGCAGUGCAUUCAGUCCUACCCCCACCUUUCCGUCAACAAUCGAGCCCUGCACUUCCUUUGCCAUCUUAUGCUCAUGAGAGGGCCUCAAAGUUGGAUAAUUACAGACGGGACCCAUUCAAUGAACAUUAUGAUCGACGGCUUUCAGAUUUGGAACUGACACACCGAGACCGGAUUGAACACCAUGAUCCCUACAGUUUAUACAAGGAGCGUCUGCCAUACUAUGAUCCAUUGUAUUCUGCCGGUGCACGACCUGAGUACCUUCUUGCAGGACCUCCGCGUGAGUAUCAUCCUCCUGCAGGAACUAUAUCUGAAUUCAAUGCAUCGUAUGAUGCUGCCAGUAGGCGGCCUGAGUACCGUCUUGCAGGACCCGCACAUGAGUAUCGUCCUCCUGCAGGAACUAUUUCUGAAUUCGAUGCAUCGUAUGAUGCUGCUGGUAGGCGACAUGAGUACCGUCUUGCAGGACCAGCACGUGAAUAUCGUCCUCCUUCAGGCACACUAACUGAAUACAGUCAACUACCACCUCUGUAUCGAUACUAGAUCGGUAUCAAGAACUGUGAAGACUUGUCCAGGAGUUAUUUGCUCCUAGUUUGUCCAUUGCUGAAUUGUUGCAAUACAAAUACUCUGAAGUGGGCAUGGACAGUUCCUAAAGGGAAGCUUUUAGAUUCUUUAAUGCCCAACUAUAUGGAAAGGACACCGAGCUUUUAGUUUUUGUUCGAUCAUUUCCAGACUAGUUUAUGCCAUAUUUCACUGUAGUGCUGGGAUUUAUCCAACAUAUGGUGGGAAUAUUCUUGCUUUGGAGUCUUUCUUCUAUUUUUUUACCUGUUUGUUUGAUCUCGGAUGUUAUCAAGUUCUAAUGUAGUCGUAGAGCAAAGACAAUGGAUAAAAUGGUGACAAUUGCUUUUAUGUCUAUGCUGGAAGCAACAUAUUGGUCGAUA